GCGCAGACAAAGAGUCACUCCUGAGUCACAUUUCAGCGUCUUCAGACACUUCAAACGGACCAGAAGACCUGCCCUAAAGCUGUGGGUUUACUUGUGGUGUGCAGUCUCUUUGCUCCCUGUUUCUCCUCCGCUGUUGGGCAGCAUGACUUGGUUUACUUUCCCUGCCGACAACCUGCUGUGCAGGUGUCUUGGCAUCUCCAUCACGGUGUGGUUUACUCUUCUGUUUGUCUUCAUAAUUGUGCCGGCUGUACUUGGAGUCUCUAUUGGUAUCCGCAGACUUUACAUCGUGACACUUCUCAAGGUCUUUGAGUGGGCAACCUCACGAAUGGAGAUGGGAGCCAAGGAAAAGAAUCAGCAACUCUAUAAACCAUAUAGCAGUGGAAUCAUAGCGAAAGAACCACCGUCAUCGUGGCAGCAGGAGAUCCAGGAUCUCCGAGGUUCUGCCAGCUGUCUGCGCUCAGAGCCGGAGUUUGAGAUGGCUGACAUCUUCUACUUCUGCCGGAGAGGUGUGGAGAGCAUCAUGGACGACGAGGUGACCAAGUGCUUUUCGGCCCAGGAACUGGAGAGCUGGAACUUGCUGACUCGAAGCAACUACAACUUCCGUCAUAUAAGUCUGAGACUCACUGUCCUCUGGGGCCUGGGAGUGCUCAUCCGGUACGGUGUCCUGCUGCCUCUCAGGGUUACUCUGGCAGUCACUGGCAUUAGUCUGCUUCUAGUUCUGACUACUUUGGUGGGCUUAUUACCAAACAGAGAGUUAAAGUUCUUCCUGAGCGAGAAGGUUCAUCUGAUGUGUUACCGCAUCUGCGUUAGAGCUCUCACAGCAAUCAUCACCUAUCAUAACAGAGAGAACAAACCUAAGAAUGGCGGUAUCUGUGUGGCCAAUCACACAACACCCAUUGAUGUCAUCAUCUUGGCCAAUGAUGGCUGCUACUCUAUGGUUGGCCAGGUGCAUGGAGGGUUGAUGGGAAUGAUCCAGCGAGCCAUGGUCAGAUCCUCUCCUCACAUCUGGUUUGAAAGAUCAGAAGUCAAAGACAGACACCUAGUGGCCAAGAGGCUUGGCGAUCACGUUGCUGACAAAACCAAACAGCCCAUCCUGAUCUUCCCUGAGGGUACUUGCAUCAACAACACAUCAGUGAUGAUGUUUAAAAAGGGAAGCUUUGAAAUCGGCUGCACCGUCUAUCCGGUUGCCAUUAAGUAUGAUCCUCGGUUUGGGGAUGCUUUCUGGAACAGCAGUAAGUUUGGUAUGGUGAAUUAUCUGCUAAGGAUGAUGAGCAGCUGGGCCAUCGUCUGCAGCGUUUGGUACCUGCCACCUAUGAACAGAGAGGAAGGGGAGGAUGCAGUGCAGUUUGCCAACAGAGUGAAAGCAGCAAUAGCUGCACAAGGAGGAUUAGUGGAUCUUAUUUGGGACGGAGGGCUGAAACGGGCAAAAGUGAAAGAUGCUUUUAAAGAAGAGCAGCAGAAACUUUACAGUAAAGUUCUUGUAGGUGAGCAGGACCAGGGUGACCAAAGUGACAACAAACUUGUAGAAGAUGAAAAUCCGAAGGAGAAUAAAAGCCAUCAAGAUUCAACAGAAGUACAAUGAGGACGCAGUGAAUGUAUGACGUUUUAAGUACAGACUCUUGCGUCUUACAUAAUGCUGAAUGUGUAUUAUCAGAAGUAGGAUUUUAUAUUAAUAAUUAUUAUUGUUGUUUUACCACUCAGAAUGAAAGAAAAUGUUUAUGAUAUUUAUUUGUGUGUAAAAAUCUAUAUUUAUUUACAUUAUUUGUAUGAUGUGAAAUUACAGUACAGAAGGUACAAAUGCAAAUGGAUCAGUUUGUCUUUUCCAACUAUUUGUUUGUAGACCAAAUUCCUAUUGUGACCUUAAUUUUUUUGCCUCCUUUUUUUAUUACCAUGUGAGCUUGAUGUAUGUCACA